AUGGAUCCUUCUGCUUUAACCAACAUCAACACGCAUGACGACCGCCAGGAUAAGACUUAUGCUGCCCAUUCGGCGGGCGAGGGCCCGGCUGAGCCCUCGACGACGACAACGACGACGCCACAGUCGUCAGCCAAAGGUGCUCAGCGCGUUGCAUCAGACACGACAUACCAGCGGCUCGUAUUUACAGAUCCAGUUGCAUAUCGAUAUUUAGAGGAAGAUCCUUGCACGGUCACUGUUAGCAGGCGACUGACCCUAUCCGGAUACCAGGUCUACAUAGUCGAGCAGUGGGCUUGCUCGAGAGUACAUCCUACGUUUGUCAUCAACACCUACACCGGUGACAAGUCUCACACGGUCGUUGUUGGCGUUCUCAGCGUCCCCGUGGAUGAGGGGAAAUGGACCGAACGACUGAAGGUCUAUUUCAAUGCAAUGGCCCAGUUCCAUGCCCGGAAGCAGGAGACCAGCCUUGGGACGGUGAUGGUGACGAACCUAAGCACGUUCCCUUCGAUGCUCACUGCGAUUCCUGUCCCGGAUGGUGAUGUCAAGCUUCAUCGGGAAGAUUUCAUUGUCAACGAGAACCUGAAGCGUCUGGGCUGCUCGGGGAGAGCUGGUUUGACAGUCAAACCACCUGCAUCAGAUACGGAAGCGAAAUUCCAUCAACUUUAUCAGACAUGCGACCGGAUCCAAUUUUACACUUCGGUGCAGGAGCUGGUUCGGUUAUGCCAGCUGGCACUCGUGAUGUUUGACAAACUUGCUCCCGAAUAUGCAGAUGGGCUACUUUGCGAUGUUACAGAACGAGCUAUCAACGACUGGUGGAUUGAGAUUGGAACUGAUCUCUUCAACAUCGAGCCUGUUGAUGGGAUCCUUGGCCCGACAACGGUAUCUGCAAUUCUCGGUACAUUUAUGGGCGCAAGAAACCGUCUUCAUGCGAAUGGAGCGCCUGUGUCCAAGGAUCCUUUUGAUAUACACGGCUUCGAAAAAGGUGUAGGUGGUUUUCAAAAGGCCCAGGGCCUUGAUAAAACAAAAAGACUCGAUCCACAAACACUGGAAAGACUUCAUCGGGUGACAGCCAAAGCAGCAAGUGGGGAAGGCUGGGGAGUGCAGAGAGCCGUUAAAUCGACAGUGGCGGAGUUUGGUGGUAAAGGAGGUGAAAUGGUCAUGGAGAUGGUGGGAGGAGGCAAGGACAAAGCAGGCAUCUCUGAAAUUGAAACGUUUGAUCUUGAUCGGUUUCUGCAACUAAUCACUGGAGACCAUGCAAAGUGGCUAUGGCGCGGCAAGCCUUCAAAACCCCUGAACGAAGCCCAGUACGAUACUGGAGACGAGACUGUCUUUGCACAGGAUGAACACGGUGGAUAUGUUUGGACUCGCAGAAAGAGGGAGGCUAUCUACGAUUACCCUUCAAGUCGUCCAAGCAUUGAAGCAGACCAGUGGAAACAAACGGAAUCUCCCGUACCUCUUGACGACAAAGACCAACUUAGGUCGACGCUCAAGCGGUCGGUUACCAAUAAAGUAUCGGACGCCCGUGCUGGCCUUGGGCGGUUCAGGGACGCUGUUGGACUUCCAACUUUGCGUCCGCACCAUCAUAAACAUUCCAAAGAGAGCGUGGAUCUAGAGGCGAAUCUACCUCAGCAGCUUUUUAUGACGGAAACAACUGCAAGUACAAGCUCGAAGGAUGGCCCGGAAGGAGCUGCCAGAAUGGAUAGCAUGGCGUUAUCAGAAGCUAGUCGCCAUGAUCCCUUAAUAGGGCAGACUGGGCCAGGGCCUUCCACUGUUCCUGAUUUUGAUCGUGUUAGGACAUAUGAUCACUCCGGCGAAAAAGAUGCACCUUCUUUAGGUAAAGGCCACGAAGCAGGAGAGGUAGAUGGAGCUAAGCGGACUUCUGAAAAGGGCGAGGGAAAGAGAGGAGAUGGACCUGAUACCCCUGUUGCCGUUACUAGGGUUAGGCAACGUGCUGGAAGCGUGGAUUUACCGCAGUUGGACCGUCGUCUUAUCGAAGAAGAUUCUAUAUGCCCUCGCCGCCUCUCCUUUAGUUACGUCGAAGAAUAUGUGCUGGGGUGGAAGGAAGUAGGGGAUAUCUACUUGAAGGCACUAGAUCCAGAUUUAAGCCUUGCGGAUGCAGUGUUCUACGAGGAUAUGAUCACUGCUGAUACACGAGAUAUUGGGAAAAGGAUACACGAAUUAAAAGAAGCGACUGCAAGCUGGGUUGAGAAGAAGGUAGCCAGGGUGGAGGAGAUUGAAAAGGCCGUCGAAGCCCGCACAUAUGAGAUACAAGCUGCAUACGAAAGGAAGCUCGAGGAAUUCCAGAAGCUGGGCAUCUAUUCCCGCGACGUCAUGUCCCAGGAGGAGGAGAUGUUUAUGGAAACUGUCCAACAUGUUGAAAUGAUGGAUGCGAAGCUUGACUAUGAAGUAGACUCACUCCGCUCAAGGGUUGAUGAGGUAGAGGCUGUUCUGCAAGAUUAUCGCAAUGUCAUCAUCAACCUUGAAAGCAGGACCACAUCCGUCGUGGAUGGAGAAGAGUCUGACAUGAAUAUUCCGUGGCUGGCAUGGAUGAAGGAGAUGUGGCACCGUCAGCUCAAUAAUUUCGAACGUCGCACCUUUAACGGCUCUAGGGGUCGCAAGGACGACAACAAGUCCACGGGUCGCCUGGUCAAGGAGUUAAAAUGA